AUGAGAGUUAGAAAGAAGACAUCUAAGAGAACCUCCACUCGUAUGAGAGAGGGGAUCAAGAAGAAGGCUACUGCUCAGAGAAGAAAGGAGAAAAAGAUGGCUAAAAAAGACAUAACAUGGAAAUCAAGAAGUAAGAAAGAUCCCGGCAUCCCAGCUAGUUUUCCAUAUAAAGCCCAAAUUCUAGAAGAAAUCGAGGCAAAAAAGAUGAGAGAAAUGGAAGAAAGAGAGUUAGCUAAGCAGCAAAGACUUGAAGCCAAGAGAGCUGCCAUGGAAGCUGGUGUUACUGAAGAGAUGAUGGAUGAUGAUGAAGAUGACUCUAACGGCUUAUCUGCUCUUGUAGAAUCUGCACAGGCUGCCGCUGAAGAGUACGAUGGUCAUCCUUAUUCAGAAGAACUUCAGUCUCAACCAGUUGAUGUUAUCGAUUAUGAUAUUGACUUCUACACAGAUGCUGACAAUGAUAACGACUCAGAGCUAGAGAAAUCGAGAAAGGCUUACGACAAAAUCUUUAAAACUGUAGUUGAUGCUUCUGAUGUUAUAUUAUAUGUCUUGGAUGCCAGAGAUCCUGAGGGUAGCAGGUCUAGAAGAGUCGAACAAGCUGUUCUCCAAAGUCAAGGUAAAAGAUUGCUUUUAAUCUUGAACAAAAUUGACCUUGUUCCACCACAUGUUUUGGAACAAUGGAUGAAUGUCCUUAAAUCGAGUUUUCCAACUAUUCCUCUUAGAGCUGCUCCAGGCGCCACAAACAAAAGCACUUUCAACAAGAAACUAACUCAAUCAGCUACUGCCAAUGCUUUAAUGGAUGCGCUAAAAACAUAUGCUAACAAUAGCAAACUUAAGAGAUCUAUUGUGGUUGGUGUAAUUGGUUAUCCAAAUGUUGGUAAAUCCUCUGUCAUAAACAGUCUUCUAUCUCAUAGAGGUGGCACAAGUAAAGCAUGUCCAGUAGGAAAUCAAGCUGGUGUUACAACUUCACUAAGGGAAGUCAAAGUAGACAACAAGUUGAAAAUUUUGGAUUCACCUGGUAUAUGUUUCCCUGGAGAAAAUCGAUCAAUGUCUAAAGUUGAACAAGAAGCCGAACUUGCACUGCUUAAUGCCCUCCCACCAAAGUACGAAAUUGACCCUUAUCCGGCUAUUUUAAAACUAGUUAAAAGAAUCGCAGGCUCUGAUGAAAUGACUGAAAACUUUAAGAAAUUCUAUGAACUUCCACCAAUCCCAUCUGGUGAUCCAGAGACAUUCACUAAACAUUUCUUAAUCCACGUUGCCAGGAAGAGAGGUAGACUUGGAAAAGGUGGUGUUCCAAACCUAAGUAGUGCUGGUAUUUCUGUGCUAAAUGAUUGGAGGGAUGGUAAGAUUCUUGGUUGGGUCUUACCAAAAGCAUCGAAGAAUAAUACGAUCGAGCCUUCCGUGCAAGAGAGUACCAUAUCAUCUGGUGCACAACCAGCACCAGCUAAAUCUGAGCAAACUACUAUUGUGUCAGACUGGUCUAAGGAGUUUGAUCUGGACGGAUUAUUCAGCACUCUGGAUAAUGCAAUCCAAGACAGUAAGGAUCAAGCCAUGCAAGAUUAA